UUUAUCCGAUUACCACUACCACCGACACCUCUACAAAGGCACAAAUAUUCAAUUCCCGCGUACAGUUGGUUGUCUGUUUGUUGAAUUCUUGAAUCUUUUUAGAUCCAACUGAAUUAAAAGAAGAAGUAGAAGAGAAGAAAUUGGAUCUCCUCUUUGGCUUUCUGGUUGAUAGUUGUAGAUGGAUUCUUCAACAGUGCUAUUUAACCAGCUCAAGGCUGCAGAACCGUUUUUCUUGUUAGCUGGCCCCAAUGUGAUUGAAUCUGAAGAACACAUUUUCAGAAUGGCUAAGCACCUCAAGACCAUCACUUCAAAUCUAGGGUUGCCACUGGUUUUUAAGUCGAGCUUUGAUAAAGCUAAUAGAACAUCUUCAAAGUCAUUUCGAGGCCCUGGUAUGAGUGAAGGCUUGAAGAUUCUUGAGAAGGUUAAAGUAGCAUAUGACAUUCCUAUUAUUACUGAUGUGCAUGAAACUAUUCAGUGUGAACCAGUUGGCAGAGUUGCAGAUAUUAUACAAAUUCCUGCAUUUUUAUGUCGUCAGACAGAUCUUCUAGUUGCAGCUGCCAAGACUGGGAAAAUUAUCAAUAUUAAAAAAGGCCAGUUCUGUGCUCCUUCUGUCAUGAUGAAUUCUGCAGAGAAGGUAAGAUUGGCUGGAAAUUCGAAUGUGAUGGUUUGUGAGAGAGGAACUAUGUUUGGCUACAAUGAUUUGAUCGUUGAUCCACGUAACUUGGAGUGGUUAAGGGAAGCUGAUUGUCCUGUUGUAGCUGAUAUUACACAUUCACUACAACAGCCUGCCGGGAAAAAGUUGGAUGGUGGAGGUGUUGCAAGCGGAGGUCUUCGAGAACUAAUACCUUGCAUUGCAAGGACAGCAGUCGCUGUUGGGGUGGAUGGAAUUUUCAUGGAGGUGCAUGAUGAUCCUCUGAGCGCCCCUGUGGAUGGUCCAACACAAUGGCCUCUACGCCAUUUAGAGGAAUUGCUAGAAGAGCUCACGGCGAUAGCUAGGGUUAGCAAAGGGAAGAGGCAUAUGGACAUUGAUCUCACACCAUUCCAUGGUUAAGAAAGCUUGAAGGUCUCUGUCAAGGAGCAGCAAGAAAUGAAUUUACAAAAUUGUAGGUAUCUCUUUCCCAUAAUUAAUCGUCUCAUUUAUUUUCUUCUCUUGCAGUAUGGAUACUAUUUGGUCCUUUCCCUAAAACUGGCGAUGGUGAUGAAGUUAGGUCUCUGCUGCGUUAUUUUUUAUGUAAAUCAUUGGAGUCAAGUUUCUGUCUCCAUUUUUCUUUUUUUGGGUUUUUUCACGAGUUGAUUUCUCUCUCUAUGAAUAUUAUAUUAAUGAAUAUACUCUCCA